AUGGAAGCAUAAUUUAUAAGGUAUUUUUUAUUCUUAAUUACAAAAGUAUUGAUUAAAUACGUCCAAUUGUUGUUUCUUUAGAUUAAGAAUACAAAAGUCUUGAUUCAGUGAUAUCAACUUAAAGUUCGAUAUGUGGUGGUGUUUAACCAGAAUAUUUACAUACUAGUUCUAUUACUUAUUAACAUAAUCGAAGAACUUUUUGGAUAUAUCUUUAUUCGGAUUAUGGAGGAUUAAUAUCAUUUAAAUUAAGCAUCAGUAAAUGUGAGUAUGAAGGUGCAGGAUGCAUUGAAAAUUAUCCUAGUUUUUGCUUAUAAUGGAAACUGCAUUAAUAUUCGCUAAAUUCGAAAUAUAUCACCACAAAUUCUGAUGGGUGGUCUUUUUAUUCAAAUUUUGAUAGUAGUAACUACUAAUGUAGUUUUUGCGACUUGCUGAUAUUUUCUUAAAUUGAAUAUUAAACAUAGCUUCCUCCUCAUAUAUUUGUAUUAAUAAGGUUUUUUAAAUAUGAUACAAAUAUUAUAAUAGUAGACUAUUUAUAUGGUAAAUAAAUUAUUAGUAAUCAUUAUUUAAUAGAAAUAUUAAUCAAAGAUCAUCAUGAUCCUAUAUUAAAACUGAAUUUUAAGUCUUCAUCUUUGAGUUCCAUGAGAGAUUUUGAAGUAUUUUAUACUGAGCCAGAAAUAAUGUUUAAGAAUUUGAAUGAGGGUUGUUUAGAAUAAAUUGAUACUAGAUGCAUGAUUUGUUAAGAAGGUUGGAUUUACGAUUAGUUACUUGAAAAUUGUCAUCCAAUUUGUGGUGAUAAAGGGUAAUUAUGUCAAACAAGGAAUUUUGAAGUUUCAGAAAUUAUAAUAAAUAAAUUCAACGAAGGUUGCUUAGAGUAAAUUGAAACUAGAUGUUUGAUUUGCAAAGAGGGUUGGAUUUAAGAUUAGUUUUUUGAAAAUUGUCGUCCAAUUUGUGGUGAUGGAGUUAUCCAAGGAUAAGAAAAAUGCGAUGAUGCUAAUCUGAUAUCUAAUGAUUCUUGUAUUAAUGUGAAUAUUCAUGUAUAAACUUUUGCAAAACUUGUGAAUUUGGAAUUUGUUUUGAAUGUAUUUUUGGAUAUGAUCUUAAUACUGAUUUUGAUUGUGUUCCUAUGUGUGGAGAUGGCAAUGUAAUUCCCUAUUCGGUUGAAUAAUGCGAUCUGA